AUGCAACCGGGAGCGACCGGAAGCGAGCGAGGCGAGCGGGAACGAGCGAGUGGCGAGCGAGGCGACCGGGAGCGACCGGGAGCAACCGGGAACGAGCGCGUGAGGCGACCGAGAGCGACCGGGAACGAGCGACCGGGAGCGACCGGGAACGAGCGCGUGAGGCGACCGAGAGCGACCGGGAACGAGCGACCGGGAGCGAGCGAGCGAGGCGACCGGGAGCGACCGGGAGCGAGCGAGCGAGCGAGGGAGGAUAAUCAAACAAAUGAGCUUGCGAGGAUUAAGAAGUUGGGAUUCCAGGCUGCAUCGCGGACUCCGGUCCAGCGUCUAUACGUCAUUCGUACUUCAGCCUUCUGUGCCCUGGCGGCGCGUCUACUCUUUGGGCCGUGUCCGCUUUUCACGCCGCUGCCUCGCUACCGUCGUCCUCCCGAGUCCCUGGCCAAGGAGGGCGUCAAGAACGCUGCCGUGGCGGCGGCGGCAGCUGCGGCGGCGGCGGCGGCUUCGGGAGGGUCUUCCAGCCAAGGCGAGAACCCCCACCACAGCCCGAAGUCACACCAGCCACAGCAGCAGCAGCAGCAACAGCAGCAGCAACAGCAGCAGCAACAACAGCAACAGGAGCUACAGGACGUGCGCACCUCACAGAGCGGCUCGUGGUGGGAGCUGCAGCGUCACUGGGCCAGACGUCAAAUGGACGAUCCUCUGCUGCGACUCCGCCUGGCUGUCGACCUUACGGAGAUGGACGUAUAGUACGUUCUGCCACCGGAUCGGGACAGGAGCGUCAAGGAGUUGAGGAUGUGCGAGGUGCUACGGACGGUCUUCGGUUCAGGUCCCAUGAGAAUCUGAGUCAUGUGAAGAUUGAAGCAUAGCAUUCUCUUGCUCCGAAUUAUGGCAGACGCCGCGAAGGUUACAAGGAACUUCAGGGCGAUGAAUAAUUUAGGACGAUAUUCUGUGUAGUGUGUCACGUGGUUUUCGGCCGUGUUGAGCCGGCGGAGGGCGGGUGGAGCGCCGCCGCAAGUCGUGAGGAGCCAGCGCACGACUUCCGACGGUCUGGCCCAACCUGCCAGGAUCUGAAAUCUUUGCUGCCAAUUACGUGUUUUUGUCGUGUCGGAGUUAUGAUACUUCCUUCACGUGUAGACACGAGUAAAUAUUAACAAAAUAUUCCAGAAAAUGAUGUAAUGGACGCCUACAGAUGCGACUAUCAUUAACAAUAAUUUUCUAUAAAAGAAAGAAGUGAAAUCCCGCACCAGUGUGAGGGUCAAGUAUGACGACGUUGACAGACAGAGGGGGCGACGAACACCGCGGCCGCCCCCCCCUCCUCCCUCGUGGUCCCCGAGGCCACAAUAGGUGUCUUCUAACAACUGUGUUUUAGUUCAUAUCUGAAUUUUGAAGAUUGUCUGUGCUUAAAGGAGUAAUUGGGCAUGUUAAUUCGUUAAAUAGAUGGGGAGAAUAGAUGAACUCUUCCCUUAAUUAAUGGUAGUGUGUUAAGGUAUUCCUACAUUACACUGUCGGAUAAAAAAAACAAACAAAGGUAAUCGGACACACCAGACAGGAUCUUAGCUGCUUCAAAAAAACAUAAAAGAGAAAUCUUGCUUUUACGGAACCGAUUUUCAAAACAUUUCAGACGUUGCCAAGCGCAUCUGAUCCCACUCUAACGUUAAUACUUAAUGAUAAGAGCGGUGUGUGUGUGAGUGCGAGGCCUGGCCGAGGGACGGAGGCUCGAGUGCGACCCCGGCCUCCAACCUCGACGCCAUCCCGUUAUUUAAAGCGUAACUUAUGUGUUUUUAAUUUUCUGAAGGGUAAUGAAACAUUUGCUUUAAAGAACGAUGAUCGAGGAAGAAACAGACUUUAAAGGAAAUGGACUAAAAAUUAUCUUAGAUAGUUGGAUUGCAUAGUCAGAGAGACGGAGAAUGAGUGGAAAAAAGUACAAGUUCAAAUUCGACGGAUUCUAACAGUAUUACAACUACACCCACGAGGAUGGCCUUUGCUGCGCCACAAGACGCUUUCACGACACACGCACCAGGCACACGACAGAAACGAGACCAGUGACACGAACACUAAAAUGUUUACAAUGUUAAUGUAAAGUGAUAUUGUAUGUUUUCAAGAAGUAAAUGUUACCAGCAUACAUUUUGUCAAUUGCUAAACCUCUAGUCAUUUCUAAUUCAGUGACAGUUGAACAAACCACACACACACACACACACACACACACACACACACACACACACACACACACACACACACACACACACACACACACACACACACACACACACACACACAC